CGUGGUUCCUCUCAACUCAGUGCCGCUUGUCCGCUUCACUUGUUAGGUUUGUAAUAGAGAUGAAUGAUGAACAGGACCGGCCCUAUGGAUGCAGCGCUCCUGGCUGCUCACAGCGGUUCCAAACAGAAGACCACCUGAUGAUCCACAGACACAAGCAUGAGAUGACCCUCAAGUUCUCCUACAUCAAGGCUGAUCCCCUCGCAGACCAGACCCCAACGCCGACCCGUUUCCUGCGUAACUGUGAGGAGGUGGGUAUCUUCAAUGAGAUCGAACAGGAGUUCCGCCAGGCGCAGGAGGAGCAGAACAAUAAACAGACUCAGAAUCUCCCUCAGAAUGGAUCAUCAUGUGCGAAUCAGCCCCAGGCACAGCCCCACUCCCAACACCAACCACCGUCCCAUGAUGGUAUGAGGGGACUAAGCUGCAGCAUGGCUGGCCAACAAGCACUGCCCUCUGCCCAGUCCAACUCAGUCAUCACCCAGGCCCCCUCCAUGCUCACACACUCAGGACCAGUCCCUGGGCCCCUCUCCUCCCUACUGCACCUGAGGAACAACAGACAAAGACAGCCCCUGGCCGCCUCCAUGCCUGGCACCCUGCCAGACCCAGCCAUGCAGGGAGCAUCUGCCCAGCACAUGUCUAUGGAAAGACAGAUGUCUAUGGGAUCCACUAUGGUGAGCAUCCAAGGUCCCGCCCACAACACUUCCUGCUCUUCACCUCAGAGGGCUAAAACCAUGGGUCACCCUCACCAACACCAUCACCAACACCAACACCCCGGAGCUGUCGCCAACAGCAACAUGGGUCCCACCUUAGGUCACAUGAUGGAGAUGAUGUCACCGCGGCAACGACACGCUCACCUGCAGCAGCAUCAUCAGCACCUGCAGCAGGCUCCGCCCAUCUCCUACCAGCAGCACUGCCACGCCCCUCCACAUCACCUGGGAAAUUCCCACAGCCAGGGGCACCAAUCAGGGAACGUGCCGCAUCAUCAGGUCCACCAAUCACCUCCCUCGCACCUGCAGGCCAGCCACACCCACCAAACCUCUCCUCACCUGCCCCUCCCCUCCAUAGCUGUUCAGUUGUCUCCAGCAACGCAGCAGAUGCAGUCAUCCCAGCAGACACAUUCCCUGCAUGCAGGCCAGGCGACUGGAGGACGUCGCAGGAGGUCUGUGGACCAGGACCCAGACGAGCGCAGGCAGAAGUUCCUGGAACGCAACCGAGCUGCGGCCACGCGAUGCAGACAGAAGAGGAAGGUCUGGGUGUCUGCUCUGGAGAAGAAAGCAGAGGAGCUCACCCACAACAACAUGCAGCUGCAGAACGAGGUGACCACUCUGAGGUCAGAGGUUGGCCAGUUGAAGCAGAUCCUGCUGACCCAUAAAGACUGUCCUGUCACCGCCCGCCAGAGAGAAUCACAGGGGUACCUCAGUCCAGGGAGUUCGACAGGAAGUCCCUCCCCCCUGUGUCCCGGGUCGCAGCGGCAGGCCAUCCAAUCCAACAGCAUCUCCACCUCCUCAGCCUCCUCAGAUUAAAAAUGAAAGCAUGGGUGGGUGAAUCUCAUUAGUUCAGAAGAGUUGGAUCCAGGGCUGCCCAUGCUGUCCCAGAAUUAGCUAAUGCUAAGAUAGGAGAUGAUCUCUGUAGUAAAUCUCUAUGGUUCAGAAUCAACCCCCCUAGAGAACAGGAUGUAGUUGCUCCUAGACGCUGAGCUAAGGUCAGUUGUGUGUGUCCCCACGCACACAGGGUUUAAUCCCGGGUUCCAGGUAGAGGUUGCCUCUAAUCACAGAUCUACAAUCAGCUCACACGUCCCUUAAUCAUUGGUGGGUGCAUCUCAGUAGUCUAAAAUGGCUCCCUCUCCUGGUCUCCUAGCCUCAAUGGUAGCUUUUCCCAAACUCGGUCCUGGGGACCCCAAGGGGUGCACCUUUUGGUUUUUGCCCUAACACUAC